UGCAUGACACGUGGGAUACGAAAGCACGCGCUUCUCCUCUCACGCACUCAUCGUCAAACCCUAUCUCUUUCUCUCUCUCUCGUUCCUUCCGUGUGCCCUAAUCUCUGCUCAUCGACUAUCAAAUUCGUUGUCGUCUUCUCAUGAAAUUUAACGAAUUGGCCCAACCUAGGGUUUAUUCAAUCUCGAAGCUCAAUUGUAUUUGAUGAUUUCUUCGAUACAUAGACCCUAGAAUUCGCUCGAUCCAUGGAGGGCUCUGUGGAGGAUCUCGGAGCCCCACCAGAUUCAUGGGAGGUGGCGGACCUGGACGCGACUAUGAGCAGGCUCAUGCUCUCAUCUAAGAAGGACUCUUCUUCGAAUGCAUCGUCGUCUUCUCCUCCUGAGCUCGCCGAUCUUUCAGCUUCGGCAUCGGCUUCGGCUUCGUCGUCCCUGGCUAGUUUGGCUUCGGAUGGCGGUGUCCCGGAGGAUCUUGUCAAUUCGGUGGAUCAGUUCCUUCGUGAAGCUUUGCAAAACCCUCGCGAGCGGCUUUCCGUUCUACGGAUGGAGCAAGAUGUUGAGAAGUUCAUUCGGGAUCCUACUCAACAACAAUUGGAGUUCCAGCAGCUGCCUACUUCCUAUCUGCGGUUGGCUGCACACCGCGUAGCCCAACACUAUUCGCUGCAGUCCAUGGUUUUACUGGACAGUAAUUUCCCUGAUGGUUCUGGUUCUAGAAUUAUUGUCCGCAAGACUUCUGAUUAUCGACUCCCUUUGAUUCGUCUGGCUGACAUUCCUGUAAACUUACCGACGGAAGAGAGUGGUGCUGUUAAGGUUGCAAUUAAACAAAGGCCGCAGAAAAGGUCACAGAUUGUCAUCAAUUCAAAUGCACAAUCCUCGAAGUCCAAUAGUUCUAAGAGUGUGGAGGAAAGAAAAGAGGAAUACAACAGGGCUCGUGCACGGAUAUUUAACUCUAGCACUGGUAGUUUUAGUGGAGGUGCUAUUGGGAAACUGGAAAGUGAACCAAGGACGCAGGAUAGUUUUCAGCAUGGUUCGUUGGGUAUAUCAAAGAUGGAAGAGAAACCUGUUCCAGGAGGACCUGAUGUGAAUAUUGGCAGGGGUUUGAUUGAUUCUUCAGCAGGUAGCAGUAGAUCAGCUAGAAGUAGGACAGAGAAGGAGCCAGUUCCAGUUCCGGUUCCAGUUGGUAGGUUUAGAACAAAUAAUAGGGCCAUCUUUCGGGAUCGUGAAGUUGACCGCAAGGAUCCUGAUUAUGACCGGAACUAUGACAGAUAUAUGCAAAGAUUUGAUCCUGGGUUUGGGUUUAAUGGAGGACCGUACAGCAUUCAACCUAUGUACUCACCAGCAUUGAACUAUAACACUGAAUUCCCGCAGCUUGGAACAGUUCAUAGGCCCCCAAUUUCUACUGAACACCAACCUAGGCCACUCCCUCAACAUCUACCGGGGCCAUGGCCUGCGCCAUCGACUCCCGCAGGUAUUGGGUAUGGUCAUCCAGAUACCAUGAUGACACCAUUUAGUCCCAAUCAUGUUGGUGCACACUCCACUUCUGCUCUAUACUUGCACACUCCUCAGUAUCCUUGUCAUCGCCCUGGAAUGCCUUUCAUGCAUCCUCAUGAACAAGUUCACCAACCUUUUCCACAGUCUCAUCAGCAGCAACCUGACACAAGUUUUGGUUUAGCCCGGCCCCGAUAAGGGGCGUGGGCCGUGCCUGCAUCCUGCCAGUGCGAUUUUGAAAUGUAAGGAGGUUAAGAGGCACAUGAUAACUCCCACCGGCAAGGAUGCAGGCAUAAACAACCGAGGUGGGGCGGAGUGGACAUAUCAGUCUUGCAUUAAUCCUCAGACCCCGCACGAACCUCGGUUUCACUCGGCGCUUCUCGCACAUUUGAUGAAGCCCAUUAGUCUCGGCAAUUCAACACUUUAGACGAGCUCCCUGAGAUCUCUGAUUUGCCACUGAUGAUGAUGACGAUGAACAAUGGAAGUAGAAAAAGAAUUUACCAGAGCUGGGAAUACAUCUUCUUCCUUCGGAGAAGUUAAUAUGCAUUACUGGUCCUUUUACAGCACCAUAAAGCGUCAAAGGAAAUAUGGAUUGGAGAAUAUUUGAGAAUGAGGUGGUGGCCAUUCAUUCGCUCUUUUGGCUGUGGAAAACGUUGGUGCAGGACGGAAGUUCAUGUUUUAACAGAGCUUUGAUAAUCUGUGGUUUCUUAUCUACUGAAACAUUUGUCUAGAAAAAUAAAAUAGUAAAUUACUUGAUGUACCAUACAAAUACUUGCUGGUUUAUAUCUAAUUUGUCACUGUAGCAGUUCGUUUGGAUGAA